AUGCCAUCGCCAUCGCCAUCGCCAUCCCGCGCCCGUUACAGGUCGCGCACGCGCUCUCCUACUCCACGCUCUCAGGGUUCCCGAUCCCCCCAGCGCCGCAACCAACACGAUUCGCGCUCACCCGCCCGCUCUCCGUCGCCCCAGCGUCGAAACGGCCGCUACAGGAGCCGCAGCCGCAGCAAUAGUCGAAGUCGAAGCCCGAGCCGCAGUCGCAGCCGAGGUCGUGAGCGUAGUGAUAGAGGCAGAAGCGGUUCUCCACCCACCAGAAGCACAAAGAUUGUUGUGGAGCGAUUAUCUAAGAAUAUCAACGAGCAACAUCUUUACGAGAUUUUUGGGCAGUUUGGACGCAUCAAGGACCUUGAUCUGCCAAUCAAUAGAACUUUUGGAACCAAUCGCGGUACAGCAUACAUACUUUAUGAUUACGAGGAAGAUGCUGAAGCUGCCAUUGCUCAUAUGCAUGAGGCACAAGUCGACGGUUCAGCGAUCAACGUUUCUAUAGUGCUGCCUCGACGCAAGCUUUCUCCUGCUCCUCCAACAGCUCGCCGUGGGGCCAAUAUUGAUCCCAGAGUGCCCUUUUCAGGAGGACGUGGGGGUCCGCCUGGUGCGGGUAUGGGAGGAAAUAAUGGCAUGAGUGGUGGAAGAGGCCGCCGUCAUCGGAUGUAUAUCGCCCAGGAUCUCGCUCACCUUCCAGGUCGUCCGCCAGACCUGCUUCACGUAGUGGGGUCGGCCGGUAUCGCAGUCGCUCCAACAAUUCUCACUCAUCUAGGUCGCGCUCAAGAUCCCCAAGACGGAAAGGGGCUGGCCGACACGAUGACCACGAUACGAGACGUCGCGGUAGCAUCGAUAGCCAUGGCGACCGAAGUCGAUCCCGCAGCCGGGGACACAAUCCCCGAUAAGCUGUCAAGCUUAAACAUGGUGUAA